UGUGUGAAGGUUGUGUGAUUUAAAUUUAGUUUCCGUUUAUUUUCUCGAGAUUUUCUUUUAAAUUAUUUUAAAAGAAAAGGAUUGCGAAAUCAAUAAAAUCUACUAUAGAUAUAUAAUUUUGAUAUCCUUCUGUAAUUAUACACAGUUUUUUUUCCAAAUACAUAAUGCAAGAAACCGUUGCAAAUAAUAACGAAAGAAAAUCACUGUUUUCGUCGUUCUUAGAAGUUUUGGAAGCUAGGGAGAAACAUGCUCAAGUAGAUAGAGAGCUACAAGAGGAGAAAUACCUCAGGAGGACACAGAGAAUAUACGAUUUCCACGAGCGUCAACGUCGUGAGGCGGUUGAGCUACGGCGUUGUCUGGACUACGUGUCUCAACAUGCGCACGUGUUGGAGACGGUGCUGAGGGGCGCCAGUACGGGUGUAGGUGAAGUUCCACUGAGUGCCGCGCUCGUGAGGCAAGCGGCGGCCCUCCAGCGCUGCAUGUCACAGUGCGUCGCUAACGCGUCCAGGAUCCGCCAACUGCUGACGGCGACGCACCAACCGCAGAUGGACUCCGUUUUAGCCAAAAUGGAAGCCGAGCUGAGUACGUGGACAGCCUUUUUGCACCGAGCAGUCGACGCGACAUACAACACUGAAAUUGUCAUCGAUAACUUACACAAUAUGAUUGCUGAACAGCGGCGGUAUGUACGCGAAGUGUCGUCGAGCAGUGUGUUCACUUCGUUGUGCGGUGCGGACAGCGAAGCCGGCGCGGACGCAGAAGCGACGGCGGAAGGCGAAGCGGACUCAAACACGGAAGCGGAUUCCACUCCGCGCUCGCCUCUAGAACGCCGCGCCCCAUCCGCCGCGUGCAGCACGCCCAUCUCCCGCGAAUAACGCACAUAAAAAAGUAUUCUGUUAUUUUUUACUCGAAUAUCCAAAAUAUCUGUGAAAUCUUUAUUGAAGACAUUAAGUAAAGGAAGUCGCCUGGCGGCUUCGUUAAAAUAUAAAUAUGUUUGUAAAAAUCGUUGCCUUCUCUGUGUACCGCAGAUGUUUUUAU